AUGGCCAAUAUACCAGAUUCAGACAAUGUUGUGCGCGUUAAGCUGAUUGACACGACGACUGCCAUGGUCGGCACGGCUGAGUCCUUCGUCCAGCCGGUUGUACCAGGGCACGAAGUCAUCAACUUCUGCUCUUUAGCCUUCCUCCUCGAAAACGAAAGACUCGGAAAGAAAGCACUGUUUGAUCUUGGAGUCCGCAAAGACUAUUGGAACCUGCCGAAGGCCGCUCAACAAGGUGUGCUGGGUCCCGAUAGUGUCAUCUUCGGGAUGAGUGUCGAAAAAGGCAUUGAUGAGGUCUUGAGAGAUGGAGACAUCGAUCCCAAGAGUAUUGUCGACGACCUUGGUCACAGGCCCUGGAUACUUCUCAUCGAAGGGCAGGCCGGGUGGACGAGACGAUCCACAGGCGGCCCCGAGUUUGAAGACCGAACGCUGAAAGAGGCAGAAUUUGACAGCGGUCUCACAGUGGGCAAGUUCAAGGCUCAAGACUUCUUUGGUGACGGCUCCCUCUAUCUCCUCGAAGCCCCUGGACAUCAACCAGAGCACAUCUGCGCCCUUGCGAGGACUAAACCAUCUUCAUCUUCGGGUGGAGCGACCUUCAUCUUCCUCGGUGGCGACAUCUGUCACUUCGCAGGCGUCUUCCGGCCAACUGUAGACACCCCGCUUCCAGAAGGCAUUCCGGCUUCGGCUAUCACUAGACGCUCGGACUGGGUUUCCAAGGCAGCGUGCCCUUGCUCUUUCUUUACGCCAUAUCAUCCUAACGCAAAAGACGACGAAUCGGCUCGGGGUACGCCGUGGUACCAGCUCCCCCAAGGCGGGAAGCACCCAGUAUACACGGACAUUGAUCUAGCAGCAGACUCGGUAUCAAAGAUGCGAGACCUGGAUGUCAAAGACAACAUCAUGGUUUGCAUUGCUCAUGAUGCGAGUUUACUAGAUGUCCUCCCUGUCUUCAACAAGCAACCCGAUAAAGACAUCAAUGAGUGGAAGAGGGAGGGCUGGAAGUCAACGACAUACUGGAGUUGGUUAAACGAGGUUUCUGUGAAGGGCAAGACCCCUCGGCCACCUGUUGUGGAAGGGUUCUGGAGAGACGGCAAGAAAUGGGACUACGCUGCUUAUUUGGAAAAUCUUGGUUGA